GCUUGUGACUGGGAAGUGAAGAGGAGCAAGUUGAUUAAGGAGAAUAGAAAAGAGACUGUUAGAGAAUAAAAGGAUAACUCUUGGUAGCAGCAAUUUACUGUCUUCAUCCACUAGUGCAUCAGCGUAACCUACUGUGAAAUAUGUUCAGCUGGAUGGGCAAGAACGAGAAAACCAAAAAGUCCCCCGAGGUCAUCCACACGGUGACCGAGGGCCUGAAGGACCUGUACAAGAAGAAGCUGAAGCCAGUGGAGGACUUCUACAGGUUCCAUGACUUCCACUCCCCAGCACUGGAGGAUGCUGAUUUUGACAAUAAGCCCAUGGUGCUGGUGGUGGGACAGUACUCCACUGGGAAGACCACCUUCAUCAAGUAUCUGCUAGAGCAGGACAUCCCUGGCAGUCGCAUUGGCCCAGAGCCUACCACCGACUCCUUCAUAGCUGUCAUGCACGGAGAGACAGAAGGAGUGACACCUGGCAAUGCCCUCAUGGUGGAUCCCAAUAAACCUUUCCGCAAACUUAAUCCCUUCGGAAACACAUUUCUGAACAGGUUUAUGUGUGCCCAUUUGCCCAAUAAGGUUUUGGAAAGCAUUAGUCUUAUAGACACUCCAGGUAUCCUAUCUGGUGCCAAGCAGCGGGUGAGCAGAGGCUAUGACUUUCCUGCAGUACUUCAGUGGUUUGCUGAAAGGGUGGACCGUAUCAUUCUUCUCUUUGAUGCCCACAAACUGGAGAUCUCUGAUGAGUUCUCUGAAGCCAUUCGAGCUCUAAAGGGCAAUGAGGACAAGAUUCGUGUGGUCCUGAACAAAGCUGACAUGGUGGAAACCCAACAGCUCAUGCGUGUCUAUGGUGCACUGAUGUGGUCUCUGGGUAAAGUGUUCAAUACUCCUGAAGUCCUAAGAGUUUAUAUUGGUUCCUUCUGGUCAGAGCCACUAAUGAUCUCUGACAACAGGAGAUUGUUUGAGCUUGAAGAACAGGACCUUUUUCAAGACAUACAGAAUCUACCCAGGAACUCUGCUUUGCGGAAACUAAAUGACUUGGUUAAAAGAGCCCGGCUUGUAAGGGUCCAUGCUCACAUUAUAAGUCACUUGAAGAAGGAGAUGCCAUCAGUCUUUGGCAAAGACAACAAAAAGAAGCAGCUUAUUAACAAGCUCCCUGUUAUAUUUGCCAAGAUACAGCUGGAGCAUCAUAUUUCACCUGGAGAUUUCCCUGACUGUGCCAAAAUGCAGGAGCAACUGGCGAUUCAUGACUUCAAGAAAUUUCAUGCCUUAAAGCCUCAUAUGAUUGAGGCUUUGGAUGAGAUGCUGACAGUUGACAUUGCAAAACUAAUGCCACUGCUUCGCCAGGAAGACUUGGAAACCUGUGAUAAUGUGGUCCAAGGAGGGGCCUUUGAUGGUACCCAUAAUGGUCCUUUCAUAGAGGGUUCCACUGAUGGGAUCUUUGAGGGUCUGGAUGAUGAAGAAUGGGUGGUUACCAAGGACAAAUCUAAAUAUGAUGAGAUAUUCUUUAAUUUAGCCCCCACUGAUGGAAAAAUCACUGGCACCAAAGCCAAGAACUGGAUGGUAACCACUAAGCUGCCCAAUUCUGUGCUAGGCAAGAUCUGGAAACUCUCUGAUGUUGAUCGCGAUGGAAUGCUGGAUGAUGAAGAGUUUGCCCUUGCAAGCCAUUUGAUUGAAGUUAAAUUGGAAGGUCAUGGGCUACCACCCGAGCUGCCAAGACAUCUGAUCCCACCAUCAAAAAGAAGACAGAAAGGCUCUGCUGAAUAAAUCCAUCUAACUGUGCUACAAGAUGUGAACAUCGGUUUCUUACGCCCUGGCCAUCCUUACAUGUCAUGUAAACAGGGACGUUUGCUCUUAAAUUUACUAACAAAAUCAACAUAGCUUCACCUGUAUUACUGCUUAAGUAUUAUGAAACAAUUUGAUCCAGCUUAAAUUUAGAAGCGUAUCAUUCCACUACAAAAAUGAGGCCACCUACCAAUAUUACAAAGACCAAUAACAGCUGUAAUAGAGACAUUGGCUUCCAAAGUUCAUGUUUAGCUAAGGCUAUUAACUAACAUUAACGAAAAAGAGUAAAAAUGCUCCUAAUGUAUCAUGCCUUUAAAAAAAAACAAAUGUUCUUUAAAG